UCCACUCUGCAGUUGGACCCUUCUCAGUUGGAAUGUUUAUCCGAAACGCCCAUCACCUGGUCCCUCUUGUAAGCCACGCCUUCUUAAACUUUUCCUUCUGCUGCAGGGGAGGCGGGGAUAGUUACCAUGGUAACACAAACACACACAGAAGGACGUGCAGUCACAGUAUGGCAGGUACACAGACGGCACAGGCUGAGCAGAGCAGACGCUCCCAGAGUCCAUGUCUCCUGCACAACUGGGUUGAAGAGAGAGCCGCUGCCUCCCUGGACAAUGACCUGCGUGUCACAAACACCUGUGUUGAAGGGAAAACGCACAAAUAUGGGCACCGGGGAAUUCUCAGUACCGAGCUCUUGGCACAGAUGGCAGAAAACACAACUCAUAAAGAUUCCUAUGGUGCUCCCAGCAAGGACAGCGAAAGGCUCACAGGGAAGAGGGAGGAGAUGCUGCACCGUUUCCUGUACCAGAAGUUCAGCACGGAACUGUUAGAGGAGAGGGGCUCCCAGCCGAACAAGCUUAAUUUGACUGAAUCCACAACACACAGAGACUAUAGUGUAGAGGGCUUCAUACCAAGGAUUCCUCAACCAAGCAAGAGCCAUGACUAUCGCACUGAGCCAGCUGUCACCUUCUGGACAGAAAACAUACACAAAAUGACUGGGAUAUCAGACAUCCAGACAGCAGAUACUCAAUUCAAGAAAACUUCUGCCUUUAGCACCCCGAUAUCUCAAUAUCUUGACCAACCUUUGCCACACAGUUUGGAGAGAUGCCCCAUAUAAUUAACCCCAACAAGAUGAUAUGCACCUUCCCCAACAUCAGCUGCCGGUGAUUAUUUAGCCCCUCUGCACAGUUAAUAUACAAAUGAGUGUGAAAUUACCCAAUAAAGACCAAAUGUACCCAA